AUGGACAGACUUCGCAACUCUUUUAUCCAAAGUGGCGACGAUGCUAUCGCAUUGAAGCGCACUAACGGGGCUCUCUUCGAGUGUCUGACCAUUUACUACUCGCACGGACUCUCUAUUGGCAGUGUAUCGUUAGGCGACGUCGCUAAAAAUGUUGUUUUCAAAAAUAUUGAAUUGGUUGGACCUGAACACGGUGCACGUAUCAAAGCCAAAAAGUUUGAGCUCGGACUUGUGUCUAAUGUGACUUUCGAAGACAUACUUGUGCACGAAGCAAACUUUACUUCUAUUGCCAUCCGUCAGGACUAUCUCGAUCCGAUGCCAGACCACAUGCCUGACACGGGCGUGCUCGUUGAACACAUUCACUUCAAGAACUUCAAGGCCACUGUCAAGAAUCGCGAUCCUCAAUGUACGUGUUACUGGAAUUUAAACUUUGCUAACAGCAUCAGGGCCGACCAAUUCAAUCAUGGUUCUGUGCAGCGACGGGAAACGUGCAAACAGUGGAUGUCGGGACUUCACCUUCGAAGGUGUAUCAAUCAAGUCGGCCGACCAUGUCGUUUAUCCUCCAUUCGUCAUCAAUUACCAGCUCCCAGAAAUCUUGCACACAAGCUCGGGAAUCGACACCAAGAACUUCACUCACUAUGA